UCGACUUUCCCAUCCCCUAUAUGGUUUAAUCACCUGUCAAAAAUCAGUCUCUGCAUGUAUAUUUACAUUCACUACUGCUGUGUUUUGAUUCUAAAUUUUGUAAAUUAAGAAAUUUACAAUUUUUGCAAAAGGAUUAAAUCUCUUACCUGUACAUCUAGAUAGUUAUUAAUAAUAAUGGCUGAUCCUAAAUAUGCUAAUCUUCCAGGCAUUGCUUAUGAUCAAGUAGAUGUUUACGAAACAACAGAUUUACCUGAAUCCGAACAAUCGGCAGAUCUUUCCAAGGAGGAGAGUGAUUCUGUUGAAGUGCUACACUGUAAUUCAAAUGAAGCAUUCAAGAAAUUUAAAGGUAAAUAUGUUCUAAGCGAGAAUGUUGACUUUUCGGACAGAGUAUCUCAGAAGCUUAGAACAGGCUAUAACGUUGGAUAUGGUGAAUGGCAAGCUCUUGGCGAAAAAGAAACGCCGUGGAAAAAAUUUGAAAGAUUGCAAGAAGAAAUUAAAGAACUAACGGAUGAAAUAAAUGAAUUAAAGGAAAAGCCUAAAGACGAUACAGAAUUAAAAUUUGCUGUAGAUAUUAUGGUUCAACUUGAAAAUGUUGGAAAACAAUUAGAUGAUUUAAAACUGCAUGAAACACUUGGCAAUGAAUUGGACUUUUUAUCAGAUACACAAGGCUCUUGUUUUAAGCAAUUGGUAUCACAAAUAGAAUUGUUUAAACAAUUAAAGGAUAUCAAUAAUAUCAAUAAAUGCAGUGAUACAACUUUAGAUAUAGAAAAAGAUAAAUGCGGAAUGCUUAAAUAUCAGAUGAUGUAUCUUCCUGAGAAAGCUAAAUUACAAGAAAUGGCACGCAUUGGACAACUUGAACAAAGACUUGGUUAUUUAGAAAAUAUUCUUGGUACUAAAAACACAAAGCUGUCCACAUUUCCUCAGUUACUCAAAUGCCAAGGGGUUUUGGAAUCUAUUCAUCAAUUGGGAGCAAAAUCUGCUCUUUUGGAUAGUUCACAACUGGAUGUAGUUGAAAGUAGAAUUUCUACUUUAAUAUCUAAAAUGGACUCUAUAGCACAAAGAAAAUCGGUCGCAGGACAAGAUUCUAACAGAGAACAAAAGAUAACUGAAAUGUAUGACAUUGUAAAGAAAGUAGAAGCUGUAUCAUCCAUUUUGCCGCAAACACUAAAUCGUAUGAUAACAUUAAAUUCAAUUCAUCAACAAGCUGCCGAAUUUAGUAAAUCACUAGGACAACUAGAAGAGUUGCAGAAUCAAAUAUUUUUAGGACUUCAAAAUAAUAAAAUUUUCUUGAAAGGAGUACAAGAUAGUUUUACAACGAAUUUAAAUAUUAUACAAAAUAACAUAACAGCGUUAGAUCAACGUAUAAAUAAUCUUUACAAAUAAUUUGUGCAUCACUAAUGUAAAUUUAAAAAAUAUAUAUAUAUUUAAGACAGUC